AUGGUUCUUCCAGGCUCCACCUUCCCUGAACAUGUUCAGAAAAGAAUCCCAGUCUAUCCUCCAGUCUGGGACAAAAAGAUCAACCCUAAUAGCUCCGACAAAGGUUUGAUUGUUCGAAUCGAAACGAUCCGUGCAAAACCAGGCAAAAAGCAAGCCAUCCCUAUCCCUGGAUCUGAAAAACCAGGCUUCUCAGCAGUCUACCGAAACGCCCACUCCCCAGACCGUCUCAUCUCGGUCGUUCACCCAGACCUCGAUACAGUCGAUUCCACCUUCCAAGCUGUCGUGAACGCUAAGCCCAACGCGCUGUGUCUCGGCGAACGCACCCAUGAUCAGUCUUCAAAGACUUGGGGGCCCUAUAUCUUCCAAACUUACUCCGAAAUCAACGAGCGUGUCAACCAUGUGGCCUCCGGUAUCAUCAACAUCGUCGAAAAGCACUCAGGCCUUGAGCCCCACAAGGAACAAUACACUGUUGGUCUUUACGGACCAAACAGCCGCAACUGGGUCAUUACCGAUCUGGCCUGCAGCAGAACUGCUCUCACACCUGUUCCUCUUUACGACACAUUGGGCCCUGAGGCUUCAAAGUACAUUGUUAACCUUACCAACAUGCCAAUCAUCUUUGCAUCCAUUGCCCACAUCCCAGCCCUACUCGCCUCCAAGAAUGAGCUGCCUACCCUCAAAGCCAUUGUGUCAUUUAACGACCUUGAGGACCCGGAGUACUGGGAGCACCCGGGCCACUCCAAGCGCGAUGUCCUCAACGCCUGGGCCAAGUCUGUCGGCGUCUCGCUUUACUCUUUCACAGAUGUCGAGGAUAGCGGAAAGCACAUCCCCCGCGAACACCGCAAGCCCAAGUCUAACGAUGUCUUCACCAUCAACUUCACCUCAGGCACCACUGGCAACCCUAAGGGUGUCAUUCUCCACCACUCCACCAUGGCGGCAGCCGUGACCAUGUUCAAGUACAAUGACUUUUUUAGCGAUGACGAGACUGUCACCUUCAUGUCCAACCUUCCUCUGGCACACGUUUUCGACCGUGUCAAUGUUCACGGUAUGCUUUCUUCUGGUGCUCGACUUGGUUUCUUGCACUCCGAUGCUAGCCAACUCUUUGACGAUCUGCGCACCCUCAAACCCACAGCCAUGGUUGGUGUCCCCCGUAUCUUCAACAAGAUGUGUGUCGGUAUCCGCACAUCCACUAUUGAGGCUCCUGGCAAGAUCGGCGAGGUUACUCGUGCUGCCUAUGCCGAAAAGCUUAAGAACCUCAAGACUACUGGCCAAGUCACUCACCCUGAGCUCGACAAGGUCUGGUCUGACAAGGUCCGCAAGCUUCUUGGGUUUGAUAACACUCGCAAGGUCUUUUCUGGAUCUGCUCCUCUUGCUGCUGAGAACAUUGACUUUAUCAAGUGUGCUCUUUCUGUACAGUUCUGCGAGGGUUACGGUCUGACCGAAACCGCUGCCGGUAUUUCCAUUUUGGCUGUUGAUGAUAACCAAUCCGGCUCUGUGGGCCCCCCAACUCCCGCGUGCGAGGUGUGCCUGCGUGACUUGCCUGAGCUUGGCUACUCCAUCCACGACCAGCCCCACCCCCGUGGCGAAAUCAUGCUGCGCGGCCCUCAAAUGUUCCACGGCUAUUACAAAAACGAAGAAGAGACUGUCAAGGCUGUUACUGAGGACGGCUGGUUCCACACUGGCGACGUUGGCAAGAUUGACGACAUGGGCCGCAUCUACAUCAUUGACCGUGUCAAGAACAUGUUCAAGUUGGCCCAGGGUGAGUAUGUUGCUCCUGAAAGAAUUGAGACCAUUUACUCGUCUCGCUCUUCCCUCAUUUCCCAGGUCUUUGUUGACGGUAACUCUUUCGAGACCUACCUUGUGGGCAUUGUGGGUAUUACUCCUGAGCCAUAUGCUGCUCUCUUGCAAUCCAAGUUGGGUUUGAAUGUCAACCCUAAGGAUCUGGAGGCUGUUCAGGCCACCUUUUCUAACAAGGAUGUCCGCAAGGCCGUCUUGACCGAAAUCAACAGCCACGUGCAGAGCGCUGGGCUUAAGGGUUUUGAGGUCAUCAAGAAUAUCAAGCUGUUUAUUGAGCCCUUGAGUGCAGACAAUGGCACUCUGACACCUACCAUGAAGAUUAAGAGACCAGACUGCCGCCGCAUUUUUAACCCGGAGACGAGCGAGAUGUAUGAGGAAGGACCUCUUGUUGAGUUUUCUUCCAAGAAGAAGGCCAAGAUUUAA